AUGAAUUCAAAGAUAUACCUCAAAAUCAUGAAGACUUUGUCUGGUCGCUUGCUCGCAGUAGUGCCCACAGUGCUUCAUUUCGAACAGGACUAUAAACCGAAGCACAAAUUGAAGCUGCUCACCGAGCAACGUUCUCUGCUGCCGUGGCCGUCGCAGUCCUCUGGUGUUGGUCCCAUGGCACACCCACAAUUCGAAUGUCACCUGCUCAUCCAUCUUCCGAAGUCACACUACCGUCAUCACGACGCAAAAGAAAUGGGAUUAUGGAAUUUGGCCAGCGAUUCCGUCAUAGAUCGAAUGAGUAUUGUCAUGACGUUUACGGAAUCACAACUGGAAAUGUGUGAAUAUCUCCUUCGUGACAAUAACACCAUUAAUCUGUUGCGGGACGAAAAAUUCGAUGUUGGAAUCUCUGAAAUAUUUGCAUUGUGUGGAUUCGGGAUCUUCGAGUUGGCAAACAUUCCCAAUUUGGUGGGCGCCUCAGCUGUCGGAGUGGUUGACACCAUGAACGAAUUCAUUGACGUGCCCUUAAUGCCGAGCUUUAUGCCUUCCUCACAGGAGAGUGAACCAGCUGUGAUUCCUACAGCUAUUCCUGACGUGAAGGCCAGCAUGAGUAAUGAGGCGAAAAAAACCAAUAUCAUUGUUUCAGCCUUUCUCUCAUCUUAUGGAGAAGACAUGAGCUUCCAGCAGCGUUUCGUUAACUUUUUCCUACAUGGUGGUGUUUCAAUGGCAUCUCAACUUAUCAGGUUCAGAUACGAAAGAAUAUUCACGAAGUAUGGCCUUUACUCUGGCCUUCGCGAAUUUAUUUCUGCUCGUAUAAAUUACGUCUUAUCUAACUCAGACGAGUUUCUGGAUUUUUCAUGGCCAAAAUCUGAUAAACUCGUUCAUAUUGGUGGUAUAACAUUGCCGAAAACAGCCACAUUGGAAGAGAAGUUUCGUCUGAUUAUGGAGCGUCACGAUCGCAGAGGCGUUAUUCUAAUAUCUUUCGGGUCUAGUGUUCCGACCGUUCAGCAAGGAAAGCCCAGAAAAAGUUGUCUUUCAGCAGAGAGGUAUUUGGUGCUCCCGUAUCUCAAUAGAAUUGCCGCCAAAAUGAGCGAAGACAGAAUGUGA